AAAAAAGUAAAGCUUUUAGGGAUUUGAAGGAAGAUAAGAAGCGAAUACACACACAAUGCUUCAACUCUGCUCCACGUUUCGUCCUCAACUUCUUCUUCCUCCUCGUCAAUUCCGAUUCACUGAUGGGGUUUUGAUUCGCCAAAUAAACUUUGGUGGAAGCAACUCAGUGAGUAUCAGACCAGUGAUACGUUGUCAGAGAGCUAGUGGAGGGAGAGGUGGAGCUAAUAGAAGCAAACCUGCAAAGCCGCCUGUUAAAGAAGGGAGCAACAAAACAGUCAUCGAAGGUUUAGUAACUGAAUCACUACCUAAUGGUAUGUUUCGAGUGGAUUUGGAGAAUGGGGAUAACAUUCUUGGUUAUAUCUGUGGUAAGAUUAGGAAGAACUUCAUUCGGAUACUCCCGGGGGAUAAAGUGAAAGUCGAAAUGAGUGUUUAUGAUUCAACUAAAGGUCGUAUCAUUUUCAGAAUGAGUAGUAGGGACUAAGUUAAAAGAAACCACUCUUGUAAGUGUGUUUGUCUGUGAUCCUGUUAAUUCUUUUUUUAUAAGUUUAGGCAAGUUUGAUGGGAAAGAAUCGUGUAAUCGUACAGGUUUCUACAUCGUAAUUCAGGUUUUUUGCCGCGUUA